AGGGAGGAGAAACUAAGUCAGCGCAAUGUCAGUGCAAUCAGCCUGUUUUUAAAGAAACGGAAAGGAUUUUGUUGUCUCUCUCUCUCAGCCCUCCAUUCCGCAAUGGCAGAUCACAGUAAGGAGACUUUGAAGAGGAUUAUUACUACCCUGGCUGUGAAGAAUGAAGAGGUCCAGAACUUCGUCUUUGUGCUAAAACAAACCCUGAAGAAUGUUGAGGCUAAUUCUGAGCGAGCUCUUGCAGAUCUGGAGGCAGAAUAUAGUUCACUUUAUGCCAUACUGGAUGAGAUGAAGGAAGACAUGGUAACGAAGAUCAAGCAAGAACGAGCCAGCAAAACGUAUGAACUUCAGAAUCAGCUGACCGUCUGCACCAAGGCUUUGGAGAGUUCAGAGGAGCUGCUCGAAUUUGCUAACCAGACACUGGACACUGCAAACUCUGAUGGAAUCAGCCAGGCUGCCAAGCAGAUUAAAGAUAGUGUUACCAUGGCACCAGCAUUCAGGCUGUCCUUAAAGGCUAAAGCCAGUGACAAUAUGAGUCAUCUGAUGGUCGACUUUUCUCAAGAACAAAAGAUCCUUCGUUCACUCAAGUUCUUACCAGUACCAAGUAUUCCAGAGAUUGAUGCAUCCGAGUGCCUGGUGGCAGACAAUUGUGUGACCAUAGUGUGGAAAAUGCCUGAAGACGAUGGAAAGAUCGAUCACUAUGUUUUAGAAUAUCGCAAAACCAAUUACGAAGGACCACCACGAUUAAAGGAAGAGCACCCUUGGAUGGUGAAGGAAGGCAUCAAAGAGCAGGAAUUUACCUUGUCAGGGUUGAAAUUUGACACAAAGUUUAUCAACUUUCGGGUGAAAGCGUGCAACAAAGCUGUGGCUGGAGAGUUUUCAGAACCCAUCACCCUGGAGACAAGUGCAUUUAAUUUCAAUUUGGAUGCUGCAACAGCCCAUCAGAAUUUGAAAGUGGAGGACCACAGUGUGGAAUGGGAUGCAUCAGGGGGAAAGGUGCAAGAGAUCAAAGUCCGAGGAAAGGAAAACCGAAGUAGGACAGCAUCGCCGGCAAAUUCCCCGGCAAGGAGCAUCAUUCACUCACCAAAGAGAAUGCCGUCUGGACGGAGCAGCAGAGAUCGCUUUACGGCUGAAUCAUACACUGUGUUAGGGGAUACUCUGAUUGAUGGUGGACAACAUUACUGGGAGGUCACAUUUGAAAGGGACAGCAAGGCUUUCAUUGUAGGUGUGGCCUACAGGACUUUGGGCAAAUUUGAUCAACUGGGAAAGACCAAUGCCUCCUGGUGUCUUCAUCUCAAUAACUGGCUGCAAGUCAGCUUUACCGCCAAACACAACAACAAAGCCAAAGUCUUGGAUAUCUCAGUACCUGAGAGAAUCGGUGUUUAUUGUAACUACAGUGAAGGUCACCUGUCAUUCUACAAUGCCAAAACAAAGCAACUGAUUCAUUCAUUUAGAACAAAGUUCACACAGCCUAUCCUUCCUGCCUUCAUGGUCUGGUGCGGCAGUUUUAUUGUGCAAACAGGGCUUCAGGUACCGAGUGCUGUCAAAUCACUGCAGAAACGCAACAGUGGGACGAGCAGCUCCACCGCCAGCCUAACCUAGAAGUCAUUUAUCAAGCUUUCAUGCUACUGCACCCAGCUUAUACUAAAGCAAAGACUGUACCCUGAAAACUGCCUUGAGAAGGAAACCGAAGACUGGAAACUAGAAUCUCCACACCCCACCUGAGUGUGGAACUGGCCUUUUUUUUAAUUUACAAUGAUUGAAUUUGAACUCUUUC